CACUUUUAAUGAGAGCUGACACGAACUAAAGCGAAGUCGUUGCUCGUCCCUCUGAGAUUUCAAUUCUUCGAACAGUUCAAAGAUUAACCAACGAAAGGAACCUUUUCAAUAUGCGUGAGUGUAUUUCAAUACAUAUCGGUCAGGCUGGAUGUCAGAUGGGGAAUGCUUGCUGGGAGCUGUACUGCUUGGAGCACGGGAUCCAGCCCGAUGGACUGAUGCCAAGUGAUCAGACUAUCGGGGGAGGAGACGAUUCAUUUAAUUCGUUUUUCAGCGAAACUGGAUCAGGAAAACACGUCCCAAGGGCAAUAUUUGUCGAUCUGGAGCCUACUGUGGUUGAUGAGAUUCGUACGGGCACGUACCGUCAGCUUUUUAAUCCUGAACAACUCUUCACCGGGAAAGAAGAUGCCGCUAAUAACUAUGCACGCGGUCACUACACCGUUGGCAAACAGCAUGUCGAUCAAGUAUUGGAUAAAACCAGGGCAUUGGCUGAUCAGUGCUGUGGUCUACAAGGCUUUUUAGUCUUUCACUCCUUCGGGGGAGGCACAGGAUCUGGUUUUACCUCCCUUCUAAUGGAGCGCCUUUCUGUCGAGUACGGCAAGAAAUCAAAACUACAAUUUUGUAUCUAUCCAGCACCUCAAGUAUCCACAGCCGUAGUCGAGCCUUAUAACGCCAUUCUCACCACCCACACCUCCCUUCAGCACACGGACUGCGCGUUUAUGGUUGAUAACGAGGCUAUUUAUGACAUCUGUCGUAGGAACCUCGACAUCGAGCGGCCAAUGUAUUCCAAUCUGAAUCGUCUGAUUGGUCAGAUAGUAUCAUCAAUCACUGCCUCACUUCGUUUUGAUGGCGCAUUAAAUGUGGAUUUAAAUGAAUUUCAGACUAACUUAGUGCCAUAUCCUCGGAUUCAUUUUCCUCUCGCAACCUAUGCUCCGGUUAUUUCUUCAGAGAAGGCUUAUCACGAGCAGUUAAGCGUUGCUGAGAUUACAAGUGCCUGCUUUGAAUCAGCCAAUCAGAUGGUGAAAUGUGACCCUCGUCUCGGCAAGUACAUGGCUUGCUGUUUGCUGUUUCGUGGCGAUGUGGUCCCAAAAGAUGUAAAUGCGGCCAUUGCUAGCAUCAAGACGAAGCGCACGAUUCAGUUUGUGGACUGGUGUCCCACGGGAUUCAAGGUUGGAAUCAACUACCAGCCUCCCACAGUUGUUCCUGGCGGUGACUUAGCAAAGGUUCAACGCGCGGUAUGUAUGUUAAGUAGCACCACAGCCAUUGCAGAGGCCUGGGCCCGUCUGGAUCAUAAGUUUGAUCUGAUGUACGCCAAGCGCGCAUUUGUCCACUGGUAUGUGGGUGAGGGUAUGGAAGAAGGAGAGUUCUCUGAGGCUCGUGAAGAUUUGGCUGCCUUAGAGAAGGAUUAUGAGGAAGUUAGCUUGGAUACCACUUAUGGAUUGGAAGAAGAUGAAGAAGAAGAGUUUUAAUCAUUAAAUGAAAACUUGUAUACUCUGUUGUCUAGAAAGAACUUUCAUUUUUAAUAAAUUAAUGUUUGCUUCCCUUUUCUACGCCGCAGAGUUCCGACAAGUAUCAUGGAUGUCUGUUUUGGGAAUAGCUCGUUUUCGUAUUUUUUUUUUCCAUUGUAUAUAAUUUGUCAUUAUUCUAACCUCUCGAUCGGGUAACCGGUGGUGACACGGUGAAAAUAGGAAAUUCUUUGAACUGACCUUUUCAAUCAUGUUAUAUUAUGUGAGAUACGAGGAAAAAACGAAAAAGGGUAAAAAAGAAAUGAGUGCAAGGCAAAUACCGUACUGAACACACGUCCAACUGUUCAAACUUUCCUAGCCUCCAGUUUCCGCGCGGUAACAUAUUAGUACAUAGGUGCUGGAGCGAUGUAACAGAAUUAUGCAGAUCGGGAUUGCGUUAAGUCAUUGAAGUGUGGCUGUUUAGCUUUUUUAUAAACUCUUGGACCCCUGAGAGUAACUUACAUGUUAUCUCUCUUAACAAUGUCACACCUGAA